GCUAUCAUCGGUUAUCAAAGAAAUAUUUUAGUUUACAUUAAUAUUUUCACUUCAUAAGAAUUUUUUUAUUUAACAGCAUUAUGGCUGAUUCCUUGCACAAAAAUUUUGAAACCCUCCGCAGCAUAUUUGAAGAAGUGCUGAAAAUGAAAAAUAGCACUGGUGAACGUGCAGAUGAACUGACCGAGAAACGCAAGUACGCUUCACUGCUCUUCGUGUUGAUUAAAAAAGUAAAUCGAAUGGUUAAAUACAGUCUGCGUUCAGGACGUGAAGACUUACAUCGCGAAAAGGUACGCGUGGACAGCAAUCGACUACACUUGCAGAACUUACUGUACGAGGUUAACCAUUUAAAGCGUGAGAUACGCUAUUGCCACAAAUUUAAAAGUCAAGAUGAAGAUAUUGAAUUGGUGCCCGAAGACGAUGAAGCGCAGAUGGAUGAUGAUAAAACAUUGAUGCCCACAGAUUUGACGCCGUUGUCAGGACAUGCCAAACAUUUGGCACGCCUUGAGCGCGAAUUAAAUUUACGUAAGCAAUUGUCGGCACAAUGCAAGGAACUGCUCAAUACCAAACAACAGGUGUUUAGAGAUAUUAUUUUGAAAACGGAGAAAUUGACAUCGUUCGCACCAUCAUUGCGCACUCUAUUGAAAGCAACACGUCCACUGCAAGAUGCAUUGCAAGUACCUAUGGAUCGUGAAUGGAAAUUGCAACAGUUAGUGCAGUUGCUACCACAACCACUUUAUCUAGCUUAUAUGAAUUUACAUGCACUGGAGUUGGCAAAAGAAUGCGAUGUUUGUGUUAUUGUAGUGGGUAGUGAAGAUGAUGUGCGUCAAUUAGAAAUGGCAGCACAGACGGAGACAAUUAAGAGUGGGGCUAGCUCUGACACCGACGAGGUAGAGGUAGGAAGUGUUACAAAGAAGCGUAAAACACAUGGCGGAAAUAGUGAUUUACUUGUGGAUUUAAUGCAAGAGCAACGUAAGCGCGUGUUGCAACCACACCCACUUGAGUUACGGUUUACGAUUGGGAACGGCACGAAGAACACUGAAGAAUCUAUAGCAAUUAAAUUGCGUUAUUUUAAGCGUUUGGGCUUUGUCACCGCUGCAACGGUGGUAACUUUGGGUGAAACUGAGCUAAAUUUCGCCGAUGCAACACUCACACAGGAUGUGCUUAAAUAUUUGAAUGAUGAGGAUCUCGGUGACCGUAUACCGGUGCCCGGCGCAGAAUACGAGUUGAAAAAUAUUAAUAUGUCAACAAAAGAAUGUCUAGAUUAUCUAAAAGCUAAGGAAUUUGGACGUCCAUAUCGUUGGCUGCAGUCCAUGUGUUGCAUUGAAGUUUUUCAUGAAGUUGUCGAUACAAACGUGACUAAUACACCAACAGAACAGCCGAAAUUGCAGAAACUAAUACCCGAUUUAAUAAAAUCUAUUCAACAAUUGUGGAAUUCUCGUUUGAAUUUAAUUAAACAGAUACGUGCUUUAGUACAAAAGCAUAUUGAUAUGUAUCUUAAAGAAGAACGCUUGCCUACCACACGUCCCGCUUGUAGUCUCGUACAAUGGACAGCACUCACUUAUGAAGAGUAUGUGGCCUCAUCGCCACAUGUCGACAAAGAACUGGUUAAUGUCAAUCAGCUAUUCUAUCGCGCCGUAGUCGUACGCGGUUCAGCCAAAAUGGAAUGCCUCGUUAGCAUAAGUAGCAAAUUUCCAACUGAAAGUCCCCAUUGGUUUAUCUGCAUUUAUUGGAAUGGUCAGCAUAAUGCUAUGAACAGCGCUGCUGUAAAAUCAAUGGAGUUUUGGACAAAUUCUCUGACACAGUCACAAUUGCAACAUCCGUUGGCAUUGUUGGCGACUCAACUUGUACGCACUAUGUACAGUUUUGACAUAUUUUUGGAGACGGAGGGUCCACUAUACAAUCCAGUUGAGUAUCACCGCGAGAAGCACUACAUAAAGGCAUUCGCAAAACGUAUACGUGCAAGACCAUAUCGCUAUAUCGAAGGAGGCACUGUUAAUACAUUUAAACAAUAGUAUGUGAGAGUUUUUAUGCUAUAGAUUUGUAAUAAAAAAUAAAAUAUAAAUAAAGAAAAUAUUUUUUUCGUUA